UCCCUCUCUUCUCCCUCCAAAACCACAAACUCAUUUCCACUUUUCCCCUGUCCUCUUCUUCUUUCCCUUCAAACUCUCCUUAAAUAUUCUCUCAAAACAUCUCACCUUUUUUUGCCAACUUAAACUUCCUCACUUUACUAGUUGUGUUUUCUCUCUGCUGUAAUGGCAGUAGCAGAGUUUAUUCCUUCUUCUUCUGCUUCAUUGACUAGAAGGAGCAGUUUUUAUUCAUCACAACUUUCUUAUGCCUCAACUCAAAUUUCCCAUCAACGCCGCUUAAGCUCUAGGCCUUUACCAAGAACCCAUUAUUCUCAAAUAUGUUGCUCUGUUUCAUCCAAAGAAGCUCAAGCACCAACAGUAGUACAGACUGAUGAGCCAAAGAAGAAAGCAGAGUGCUAUGGAGUUUUCUGUCUCACUUAUGAUCUCAAGGCUGAAGAAGAGACGCGUUCGUGGAAGAAAAUCAUAAAUGUUGUUGUCUCAGGUGCUGCUGGGAUGAUUGCUAAUCAUCUUCUUUUUAAACUUGCAUCUGGUGAGGUUUUUGGGACAGAUCAACCCAUUGCACUAAGGUUGUUGGGGUCUGACCGCUCAUUUCAAGCACUCGAAGGAGUUGCUAUGGAACUAGAAGACUCUUUGUAUCCUUUGCUUAGGGAGGUGAAUAUAGGCACAGAUCCCUAUGAGGUGUUCCAGGAUGCAGAAUGGGCACUUCUCAUUGGUGCAAAGCCUCGAGGGCCCGGUAUGGAGCGAUCUGCCUUAUUGGACAUAAAUGGUCAAAUCUUCGCUGAACAGGGUAAAGCUCUCAAUGCUGUUGCAUCUCGUAAUGUCAAAGUGAUGGUGGUGGGGAACCCUUGUAAUACCAAUGCAUUGAUUUGUUUGAAAAAUGCUCCAAACAUACCAGCAAAGAACUUUCAUGCGCUGACUAGGUUAGAUGAAAAUAGAGCAAAAUGCCAGCUAGCUCUAAAAGCUGGAGUCUUUUAUGACAAAGUAUCUAAUGUCACCAUCUGGGGCAACCACUCAACUACACAGGUUCCAGACUUUUUAAAUGCUAAAAUUAAUGGAUUGCCAGUCAAAGAGGUGAUCAAAGACACUAAAUGGUUAGAGGAAGAGUUUACUGAGAUAGUCCAAAAGAGAGGUGGUGCACUUAUUCAGAAAUGGGGACGAUCUUCAGCUGCAUCAACUGCUGUGUCAAUAGUUGAUGCAAUAAGGUCUCUAGUUACUCCUACACCUGAAGGAGACUGGUUUUCUACUGGAGUGUAUACAAGUGGAAAUCCUUAUGGGAUAGCAGAGGAUAUAGUUUUCAGCAUGCCUUGUAGAUCAAAGGGAGAUGGUGACUAUGAACUGGUCAAAGAAGUAAUAUUUGACGACUACCUUCGAAGCCGUAUAAAGAAGUCAGAAGAUGAGUUGCUCGCGGAGAAAAGAUGUGUAGCCCACCUUACAGGAGAGGGUAUUGCUGUCUGUGAUCUGCCAGGGGAUACAAUGCUUCCUGGAGAAAUGUGAAACCACUAAGCAAACCAUUUUGCAGAAUGUAUUACUAUCAGAUUAUGUUGAAGAGCUUGCCUAGAUAAAAAAGAAUAACAGUGUUGCCGACGACAGUGUUUGUAAUUUUACGUACCAUUGAUAUCAGUCUACCAAUUAGUUUGGUAGAAUAGGGAAUAAUAAAUACGACACUUUCAAGUCCAUCCGUAGAUUCUUGGUGAUAGACUUGCAAUAAAUGUUGCUAGCGCUGGAAGUAUCUAUCUUCUCAUGAACAGGUUCCUUGAUGAACUAGAGUUUAUUUGUACAAGAUCAGAUUUUGCUUCAAGUUUUUGUUUGAUGACUAAA